AUGGCGUCGUUUGCUAAUGUAUACACACACCGGAAAGUUGCCGAUACCGCCUCGAAAGCAUGCGAGAUAUGUUAUAAACCCAGCACUAGCGUUCUUGUAGCCUCAGAGAACAAGGAUUUCUUCUACGUUUGUCCAGGUCAUCUUAAGGAUAAGGGGUUCUGUAACCCUAUCAUUGACGAGGCCGCAAUAGCCGCCAAGAAGAAGAAAGAAAUGGACGCGGAGAUUGAACGGUUAAAACAGGAAUUUGAUGAGAAGCAGAAAAAGAAGAAGGAGAAGGAAUCAGCAAAAGAAAAGGAGAAGGAUAAAGAAAAGGACAAGGAUAAGGACAGCGAUAAAAAGGCCACGGAAAAGAGUGCGGACGAAAAGAAGAGAUCUGAUGAGGCCACACCUAGCCCGGCUGAGGAAGAACACAGAGUCUUUGCUCUGCAGAAAACUUUUUACCAGCAGCGAAUCGAGAAGAAGAGAAAUGCAGAGAUUGCGAAGCGCAACAGGGAACGUCUCCAGAACCCGAAUCUUUUUCCCCAAGUCCCGAAAGGCUUUCCUUAA